UUCUGCAGUUUAUUUUCCUGCCCCCUCUCUUUUCCUGUCAAAGGACAGGAAGCAGAUUAUGAAUGUACAUGGGAAAAAAGAAGGAGUAUGUAUCUUGUAGUAGGGCAAAUAGUUAAUAUAAGGCCCCUACCAAGAAUGGUAGAAGAGAAAAUCAUUCUUUUCCUAAGUUUCUAACAUGUGUCUUUGUGCACGAAACCAUGACAAUUUUUCCACCAGUUAAUGCUGAGGUUGGAGCAGCAGCAGCUUAGACUGAACUUCAAUGGAGGCCUUAAAAAUCAACUUUACUAAUGGGAUUCUGAUUCCAUCUUUCACACUUCAAUCACUUCUCUGUCUGUGUCUGUGUCUUUCUCUCGUAUGACCAUGAUGCGAACUGAAUUAAAGCGGUAGAGAUCUUGGAGGAUACAGAUCAGGCUCUGGUGAAAAGCUUUGGUCUCUGUGAUGAAGUUUAGGGCUUGCAUCCUGCAACCGUUUUGGCAGGCACUAACUCCAGGGCUAGCGGUGGUCCCACGCUAAGUGAGCAAGGGCGUGAGCAAGCCUGGAAUUAAGCACAGGUCAAAAUAUGGGCAAAGCGAGUUGCCUGCAACUCAGGCCCUAAGAAGAAUAAGCAUUCCUGUUGUUUCCUCAGCUCCGACUGUCACGUGCCAUGAACAUGGAGGGCCAGGAUGUCCUUGCUGAGUCCUGCAAACACGUAAUUGCAUGCUUAUGUCACUGUUUGUAGUUGCAUUAAUUUUAGCGCAGGGUGAGAGAUGGACACGAGAAAAAAACAGUCACGCCAGGAACUUGCUAGUGGGUUGCAAGAGGUUCAGCGAAGGGAGCAGCAGAGCUUCUACAGGCUGCCUUGAAUUAAGCGUAAGCGGCUAUGCUUUCAUGGUAAGUUGCAGCUUGGACAGCCUGCACCCCUUCAAAAGUACGGCUUGUGGGCUGUAAGUCCUCGCUAAGGUGCCAAGCAGUGACACAGUUAGAGUUUUCCCUUGGUGUAAGCUGCAGGCUGUACACGUGAACGCAGAGUCUAAUAUUCAUGGUAGUCCCCGCUUAAAAUUCCCUGCAAGCCUGAUUAAAAAUGCACGGCAGUCCACUUGGAGGGUGGGAACAGGAACAGAAGUAAAAUCUUCUCCAGAAGAUUUGGGGAGAAUGUGCUUUAUUGGAAAAGUUUUUCUUGUUGUACCUGCAAAAGCAGAACUAAGUUGAUUUACAGAAACUAAACAAGAUUUUGAUGGAAAAUUAAGUUCACUGAAAUUUCGUAGCACUGAUUUUGUACUGUGCUUUAAGCCUAGCACUGUUUAAUGCUAAUUCUGUAACACUAUAUUGAUGCCUUUUUUUUUUCUUGGCCUGCACAAAGGAGGAAGGGGCUCAGCUCUUCUGAGUUUUUUUUUCCCUUCAGUGAAAACUGAUUCUGAGCAGAACAACCGCAAACCCGGCUCCGACUAGCUGACAUUUCCAUCCAAAUCUACCUGAAGGGUGAGCUUUUUCGGAAGAAAGAAGCUUCUCUACCUCUCCAGGCUAGAACCUGAUCUUUAGAUUGACUUGCUGGUUAUCAAUAGAGGUAAAAGUUGUGAUUACAAUUCAACCCUACCGCAGCCCUAAAGGAUCUCUGAAGAAAACGGACUUUUCAAUUGCAGGAGCAGGAGGACUGAGACAUCGGUUUAGUCCUCAGCAAUAACUGGCAAAAGAGCAUGGAAACGCAUUCUCCAUUGACAUAAUUUUUCCCCCUCUUCUACCAAGACUGGUUUAAAAUUUCAGACUUAAUUUCUCCUCUAGUCGACAAAACAGGAUGAACAACCGAUCGUUGCUUAGAACCUGGGUGGCCCUUUCAGUCCUAAUUGCCCGGCACGAAGCUCACGCCAUGGCGGGUCUGUAUCCCUUCUGGCAGAAUGACACAAAAACGCCCAAAGUUGAUGAUGGAAGCUCUCCUGAGAUCAAACUCUCCAUCCCAUUCAUCUUUUUUGGAGCCCCAUACAGAACCAUUUAUGUCAACAACAACGGCGUGAUCUCCUUCAACGUGCUAGUGAGCCAGUUUACCCCAGAAGCCUUCCCCCUCUCGGACGGCCGGGCCUUCCUUGCUCCGUUUUGGGCGGAUGUGCACAAUGGGAUCCGAGGAGAGAUCUACUACAGGGAGAGCACGGACCCCGAGCUGCUGAAGAGAGCCUCCAAAGACAUCCGCAAGUACUUCAAAGACAUGUCCUCUUUCUCUGCCAUCUGGAUCUUCAUUGCCACCUGGGAGGAAGUCACCUUUUACGGAGGGAGCAGCACGACUCCGGUGAACACUUUUCAAGCUGUCCUGAUCACAGAUGGUGUGUCUUCCUUUGCCAUAUUUAACUACCAUGAAAUCAGCUGGACCACAGGGACAGCCAGCGGAGGGGAUCCCCUGACAGGACUCGGUGGUGUGAUGGCCCAGGCUGGAUUCAAUGGAGGAAAUAUCACCAAUUUUUUCAGCCUCCCAGGUUCCAGAACCCCAGACAUAGUCAAUAUAGAAGACACGACCAACGUUAACGUCCCUGGGCGCUGGGCUUUCAAAAUAGAUGGCAGAGAAAUAGAUCCAGCCCGUGGCUGCAGCCUGAGAGGGCAAUUUCUUCAUCAAGGAGAGAUCUUCUGGGACAAUGCAAACUGCACCACCAAGUGCCGCUGCCUGGACUUCAACAACGAGAUCUUCUGUCAGGAGAUGGCUUGCGGCCCCUUUGAAGCGUGUGAGCCGAAGAUCAAGUUCUUCCAGUGUGUGCCCGUGGAGAGCAGCACCUGCGUGGUGUUCGGAGAUCCCCACUACCACACGUUCGAUGGCUUCCUCUUUCACUUCCAGGGUUCCUGCUCCUACCUCCUCGCCAAGCAGUGCUGGCCAGGGUCCAAGCUGCCCUACUUCAGUGUGGAAGCCAAGAAUGAGAACCGAGGCGGCUCCUCCGUCUCCUGGCUGAAGGAUAUCUUUGUGGAGGCUUAUUCACACAAGAUUGUCCUCCCCAAGGGCAGCUUUGGAAAAGUAAAGGUCGAUGGCUUGGUGAUGUCCUUACCCGUCUCCUUGAAGCUCGGUGCAAUCAAAGUCUACCAGAGCGGCUUGUCUACAGCCUUGGAGACCGAUUUUGGCCUUUUAGUGACCUAUGAUGGGCAACAUUAUGCUUCUAUCUCUGUUCCGGGCACAUACAUCAAUGCAACGUGCGGUCUCUGCGGAAAUUACAAUAAGGACCCCGAGGACGAUACCCUUCGCUCAGACGGGCGAUUAGCGGCAUCUGUGCUGGACCUGGGAGAGAGCUGGCGCGUGUACCACCCUGAGCGGAAAUGCUCCCCGGGCUGUUUGGAUAACUGCAGCCUCUGCGAUGUUGCCCUGGAGUCUCUGUAUUUCACCUCCGAGUACUGCGGCUUCAUCAACAAGAGCAGCGGCCCGCUGUGGGAGUGCAGCGCCGUCGUGGACCCCACCGCCUUUGUGCAUAGCUGUGUCUAUGACCUCUGCGGCUCCCGCAAUAACGGCACUGGCCUGUGUCAGGCCAUCCAAGCGUAUGCCCUGGUGUGCCAGGCCCUGGGCAUCCCGGUGGGAGACUGGCGCACCCCAACAGGAUGCGCGACUGCCAUGCAAUGCCCGGAGUUCAGCCACUAUUCAAUCUGCACCAGCAGCUGCCCAGCCACGUGCUCGGACCUCACGGCCCCGCUGGCCUGUGGCUUCCCGUGCACCGAGGGCUGCGAGUGCGACGAAGGCCAUGUCCUCAGCGCGGACCGGUGCGUCCCUGUGCAGAAGUGCGGCUGCGAUGUCGACGGCCGAUACUAUGCUGUGGGGGAGUCUUUCUGGGCUACUGCAGACUGCACAGUGGAGUGCCAGUGUGAGGAUGGUGGGGAGGCCAGGUGCUUUAAUACGACAUGCCAGGAAGGAGAGAUCUGUGCUAUUGAGAAUGGCUACCAGGGCUGCUAUCCCAAGCGGGAGACCGUGUGCUUGGUGGGACAGAACCAGGUGCUGCAGACGUUUGACGGUGUAGCGUUCCCCUAUCCACUAGAACACUCCUACACACUGCUGAAAACAUGCCCGGAGAGACUAGACUUCAUUGAAGUGGACAUCAGCCAAAAGAAGCCCGGAUCUACUCCUAACGGGCUCCGCGCUCUGAGGAUCCAGGCAGUCAGCCAAGAGGUCAAGAUCGGAGGCGCUAGCCCAUCGGAGAUCAAGGUGAACGGUUAUGACGUGGAGCUGCCGUAUUCCCACCCUUCUGGCCGACUAGAAAUUUACCGUAGCAAAAAUGGCUCUGUGAUGGAGUCGGAGGGACUCCUGAGCAUCCAGUACUACGAUUCGGGCCUCCUGGAGAUACGCCUCUCCACUGCCUAUUUCAACUGUACCGGAGGUCUGUGUGGCUUCUUCAAUGGCAACAGCAGCGACGAGUUCUGCCUCCCCAAAGGCAAGUGCACGGACAACCUAGAGCUCUUCUUGGAGAGCUGGACCACAUUCGAUGAGAUCUGCAACGGUGAGUGUGGGGACCUCCUCAAGGCCUGCAGCAACGACUCGGAGCUGCUGAAGUACUACAGGAGCCGCUCCAAAUGCGGCAUCAUCAAUGACCCCACCAACAGCUCCUUCCUGGAGUGCCACAGCGUGGUCAACGUCUCAGCCUACUAUAGAACGUGCCUCUUUCGUCUGUGCCAGAGCGGAGGCAACCAGUCAGAGCUCUGUGAUUCUGUCGCUCGCUACGCCAGCGCCUGCAAGAACGCAGAGGUGGAGAUCGGCCAGUGGAGGAGCUACAGCUUUUGCCCUCUCACGUGCCCAGAGAACAGCCAUUUUGAAGAGUGCAUGACCUGCACGGAGACCUGCGAAACACUGGCGACAGGCCCUGUCUGCACGGACAGCUGCGCAGAAGGCUGCCAGUGUGACGACGGCUUCGCCCUCCAAGGCACCCGCUGCGUUCCUCGCAGCGAGUGCGGCUGCAAUUUCGAAGGGCGCCAGCUGGCCACCAACCAGACCUUUUGGAUGGACAUCUCCUGCCAUUUUCUCUGCUACUGCAACGGCUCCGACAACAGCGUGUACUGCGAGAACAUCCCCUGCAAGGACGACGAGUACUGCCUGGAGGAGAAUGGCCUCUACUACUGCCGUGUCCGCACUGACGCUUCCUGCAUCGUUUCUGGCUAUGGACACUAUCUGACUUUCGAUGGCUUCUCUUUUGACUUCCAGAGCAGCUGCACUUUGGUUCUUUGCACCACGAUCUCCCGGCCAAGGUCAGAGAGAUCAGACACUUUUCCCACGUUCACUGUCACAGCCAAGAAUGAGGAUCGGGACCCAUCCCUGGCCCUGUGGGUGAAACAAGUGGAAGUGGAGGUCUUCAAUUACAACAUAGUCAUCCACCGUGCCUACAAAUACACAGUGAUGAUUAACAAUGAACGUCUCUAUCUGCCUUUGAAGCUGGGCCAGGGGAAAGUGAACAUCUUUGCCUUUGGCUUUCACAUUGUGGUCGAGACUGACUUUGGGCUGAAGGUGGUGUACGACUGGAAGACCUUCCUCUCUGUCACUGUCCCGCGUAGCUUCCAGAACCUGACCUACGGUCUCUGUGGCCGCUACAACGGCAACCCUGAGGACGAUCUGGUGGCCUCCAGUGGUCUGGCGGUGGUUGGCGUCACUGACUUUGGUCAGAGCUGGGUCAAGCGGGACACGUUCUGCCAGGUGGGCUGCGGUGACCGCUGCCCUGCCUGUGGGAAGGUGGAAGGCUUCUGGAAACCUCAGCAACUGUGCAGCCUGAUCCCCAGCCAAAGCGGUGUCUUUGCAAAGUGCCACAGCAAGAUCAGCCCUGGCUUCUUCUACAAGAACUGCCUCUUUGACACCUGCAUCGAUGGGGGAGCCAUGCAAACAGCCUGCAGCUGGCUGCAGAAUUAUGCCAGCACGUGCCAGACCCAGGGAAUCGCCAUUACCGGCUGGAGGAACUUCACCUCCUGCUCCGUCAGUUGUCCCCCCAACAGCCACUACGAGAGCUGUGUGUCCCUGUGCCAGCCCCGAUGCGCCGCCAUCCGUCUGAAAAGCGACUGCAGCCAUUACUGUGUGGAGGGGUGCCAGUGCGACCCGGGGUACGUCCUGAACGGCAAGAGCUGCAUCCUUCCCCACAGCUGUGGCUGCUACUCGGAUGGCAAAUACUAUGAGCCCAAGCAGCUAUUCUGGAACAGCGACUGCACGCGCCGGUGCCGCUGCUUCCGGCGUAACCUCAUCCAGUGCGACCCGCGGCACUGCAAAUCCGACGAGGAGUGUGCCCUCCGCAACGGUGUCCGCGGCUGCUUCAGCACCAAGAGCUCCUUCUGCUUGGCGGCGGGGGGCGGCGUCUUCCACACCUUUGACGGGGCCUUCCUCCGCUUCCCGGCCAACUGCGCUUUCGUCCUCUCCACCAUCUGCCAGAAGCUGCCUGAUUUCUCCUUCCAGCUCAUCAUCAACUUUGACAAGUGGUCCUCGCCCAACCUCACUAUCAUCUCCCCUGUUUACUUCUACAUCAAUGAGGAGCAGAUCCUUAUCAGUGACAGGAACACCGUCAAGGUGAACGGCAGCCAGGUGAGCAUCCCCUUCGUCACUGGGCUUUCCACCAAGAUCUACAGCCUGGAAGGCUUCCUGAUCAUCGACUCGAGCCCUGACAUCCAGAUCCGCUACAACGGCUUCAACGUCAUCAAAAUCACCAUUGGGGAACGGCUGCAGAACAAGGUGUGUGGCCUUUGUGGCAACUUCAACGGUGACCGGACAGAUGACUAUGUCACCCUGCGGGGGAAGCCCGUCGUCAGCAGCGUGGUGCUGGCCCAGAGCUGGAAAACCAAUGGCAUGCAGAAGAGCUGUAACGAGCUGCAGUACUCUCAGUACGCCGCGUCCUGUGACAAUGUCCAGAUUCAGAUGCUGCAAAGCGACAGCUACUGCCUGAAGCUGACGGACAUGAAAGGCUUCUUUCAGCCCUGCUACGGCCUGCUGGAUCCCCUGCCUUUCUACGAGUCCUGCUUUCUGGAUGGCUGCUACAAUCACAAGAAGUUCCAGCUCUGUGGCUCACUCGCUGCCUACGGAGAGGCUUGCCGCACCUUUGGCAUCCUGGGUACCGAGUGGAUCGAGAAGGAGAAUUGCUCAGGAGUGGUGGAAGACCCCUGCGUGGGCGCUGACUGUCCCAACCGAAGCUGUGAACUGGACAACGGAGGGGAGCUGUGUGGCUGCAUUGAGCCUCCGCCCUACGGAAACAACACACAUGAUAUCAUUGAUGCUGAGGUGACCUGCAAAGCUGCCCAGAUGGAAGUGUCGAUCUCCAAAUGCAAGCUCUUUCAGCUGGGCUUUGAGCGAGAGGGGGUGCGCGUCAAUGACCGUCACUGCCCUGGCAUCGAAGGGGAGGAUUUCAUUUCCUUCCAGAUCAACAACACCAAGGGGAACUGCGGGAAUGUCGUGCAGUCUAAUGGCACGCACAUCGUGUACAAGAACACAGUGUGGAUCGAAAGCGCGAACAACACAGGCAACAUCAUCACCCGGGACCGAACCAUCAACGUGGAGUUUUCCUGCGCCUACGAGCUGGAUAUAAAAAUCUCUCUGGAUUCUGUCGUGAGGCCGAUGCUGAGUGUGAUUAACCUGACAGUCCCGACCCAGGAAGGCAGCUUCACCACCAAGAUGGCCCUGUAUAAAAAUUCAUCCUAUAAGCACCCCUAUCGCCAGGGUGAAGUCGUGCUGACCACCCGGGAUGUGCUCUACGUCGGGGUAUUUGUUGUCGGAGCAGACUCAACCCACUUGAUCCUGACGCUGAACAAGUGCUACGCGACGCCCUCGCGGGACAGCAACGACAAGCUGCGCUACUUUAUCAUUGAGGGCGGGUGCCAAAACAUGAAGGACAACACCAUCGGCAUUGAGGAGAAUGGAGUGUCAUUGACUUGUCGCUUCCACGUCACCGUCUUCAAGUUCAUCGGAGAUUAUGAUGAAGUUCACCUCCACUGUGCCGUCUCGCUCUGUGACUCGGAAAAAUACUCCUGCAAAAUAAACUGCCCUCAGAACAGCCGAAUGGCCAGAGAUUUCACCAAAGAGCCCAAGGAGCAGAUCCUGUCUGUGGGGCCUAUUCGCCGGAAGCGGUCGGACUGGUGUGAAGACAACGGAGGAUGUGAACAGAUAUGCACGAGCAGGGCGGACGGGCCUCUGUGCAGCUGCGUCACAGGGACGCUGCAAGGGGACGGCAAGAGCUGCAGAGCUUCCAGCUCUUCAGAGGAACCCCGAGCCUGGGUCACUGUCCUCACGGUCACCCAGCUGCUGCUGUGGCUUUGUAUGUAUAAAUGGGACUUGACCUCAUAAGAGAUGUGCGGCCUUGUCGUCCAGCCCGGUACUGUUGUUUCGUAAGUCUGAGUAUCUGUAGGAUAGGAGCAAGUGCCCCCAAGCAGCAAACCAACCUCUGACUCGCACCACUGCCAGCGAUGGGGAAAGCAGGUGGCCAGGAAGCAGGAGCAGGAGCCAACGGGAAAAGCAGCAGGAUGCAGGCUGGGAAGGAGAGACGAAGUGUCUGAAGCGCUGGAGAGGCGAUGGCGCAGUGGAGCGUGACGUUUUGCGGAGGGAUGCUGAACCUUGCUGUUUCUGUAGUUUUUCCCCCGGUUGUCUCUUGCGAUGGCCUCUGUAUUCUGAUGGUGUUUGUGUGGGAUGUUGGGGGCACCUGAGUCCCAGCUGGCAUCAGGACUCGGGUGUUCUCUGUGACUGCAUUGUGGUGAGCCAGGUGAUGGCAGUGUCUUUUGAGUGAGUGGAGUCAGCCUGAGGUCCCAGGGCAAGAUCUCAAUGCUUGUGCAUGGGUUGGGGUCCUAAGUGUUUGGCAGCACCUUGGAAUUGCAGCUGGGAGUGGUUAGCUGCAGUAGGGGGUCCAUAACAUACAACAUACCUGACCACAGGCCAAGUCGCUCCUUUUGGGCCAAGGAGGCACAUGUCUAACCUUUUGAAGAAGAAGCCCAUCCAAAUUUGUGCUAAGUGCCUGGUCCCAGGGGUGGGUGCCUGUGGCUCCAUAAAAAGAAGAGGUGCCCUGCUGUCACUGAGGGAUAGAAGCUGCCAUAGUGUCCUCGGGGAGGGGGGUGUCAGUCACAGGAAGGGAGCGGGUGCAGUUUCAGUGAGUCAGGCACGGCCGGUGGGAGAGCUGGAAGUUGGCUUGGUGCGUCGGUAGGCUUGGAGGAGGAGAGGGGGGCGUUUUUUUUUUGCUGACAUGUCUUGUGUUUGUAUUAUGUGAAUUGGCUGAGUGAGAAUAAAAAUGUGUUGUAAUCCUUCCUAAAUUGUGUGGUCAUGUGUGAUGCUGUUAAUGCUGGGUCAGGUAGUCGGCGGAAGGAGGGCAGUGGGCGGGGGACGUGAAUUACGAGGAGCUGGGUGCCAGGUGGCCAGCGUGGGGCACGGGAUGGCAGGGCGCAGAUGGGCAGCUGCUGGCACGGUGCUGAUGGCUCUGGGGGAGUGGUGGGCAGGGACAGGGACCUUCGGUUUUGGUUUGGAGAGGAGGGAAGAGGGAGGCAGCAGUCCUCUCCCUUUGGGUUGCUGUGUGCACGUAUGGGAGGGGGCAGGGACUCGAGGGUCUUACCUGUGUACAGCCUAUUAAUGCUGUUUCCAUCCUUCCGGAUGUCCUUGGCAAUCCCUGCGGUGAGAAUCGAAGGAGGUCACCGAGCCCCGGGAGAGGAAUCGGAGCUGGGAAGAGUCCUUCCCGUCCGAGCGAGGAGCUGCGGCGUCAGUCGGUCAGAAUGAGGCAAGCCGGCAUUCGGCUCCCAGCAGGGAUGUCAGCGCGGGACGUGCAGGGUGUGCCAGGAAGAUGUUUCAAUGGGGACAGUAGCAGGAGCAAUGGGGCACGUACCACGACCCUGACGGCCUGCAGAAAGGAUCUGUGAGAAACACUGGAGUGUGCUGAAGGUUCUAUGAAGAAGACUUGUCCAUGUGCCUCAUGGAGAAACCAGAGAAUUUGUCAGUAUGGCUGAAGGAACAGCAGCGGGACAUAUCCAGUGGAAGGGAGUGGUCAGGAAGGCAUCUCUGGAGAGAUGGCAUCAGUCUCCUUGACAUGUAGCCCAAACAAACAGCCUUAUCAUCAGUGAUGUUUGGUGAAGGGUGUGGGGAGUCCUUUGGUGUGGUCUUGCACUCUUGUGUAUGUGUCUGUGUCUGUGCGUGAAGAAA